AUGACAGUGAAUGCUCAGGACAAUGAAGACCAUGUCCCACUCCAUUUCUGUUCUCGCUUUGGACACCAUGAUAUAGUGAAGUACCUGCUCCAGAAUGAUAGUGAAGUUCAGCCGCAUGUUGUUAAUAUCUAUGGAGAUACCCCUUUACACCUGGCAUGCUAUAAUGGCAAAUUUGAUGUCGCCAAGGAAAUCAUUCAAAUAUCAGGAACUGAAAGCCUGACUAAAGAAAACAUCUUCAGUGAAACCGCUUUUCACAGUGCUUGUACCUAUGGUAAGAGUAUUGACCUGGUUAAAUUCCUUCUUGAUCAAAAUGUCAUAAGCAUCAACCACCAAGGAAGGGAUGGGCACACAGGAUUGCACUCUGCUUGCUACCAUGGUCACAUUCGCCUAGUUCAAUUCUUACUGGAUAAUGGAGCUGAUAUGAAUCUGGUAGCUUGUGAUCCCAGCAGGUCUAGUGGUGAAAAAGAUGAGCAGACAUGUUUGAUGUGGGCUUAUGAAAAAGAUGAUAUCUCAGAUAUCACAGUGAGGAGAAAAAGGAAUAAUGAAUUAGAAGGAGAUACAGAUAGGAUGGUAAAGGUUUCUGGGAAAAGUCACAAUAUUCUUCUCUGUGAGGAUGGGCAUGCUGUGGUGGCAGAUUUUGGAGAAUCAAGAUUUCUACAGUCUCUGGAUGAAGACAACAUGACAAAACAACCUGGGAACCUCCGCUGGAUGGCUCCUGAGGUGUUCACGCAGUGCACACGCUACACCAUCAAAGCUGACGUCUUCAGCUAUGCUCUGUGUCUGUGGGAACUUCUCACUGGUGAAAUUCCAUUCGCUCAUCUCAAGCCAGCGGCUGCUGCAGCCGACAUGGCUUACCACCAUAUCAGACCUCCCAUUGGCUACUCCGUCCCCAAGCCCAUAUCAUCUCUGCUGAUGCGAGGGUGGAAUGCAUGUCCUGAAGGAAGACCCGAAUUUUCUGAAGUUGUUACCAAGUUAGAAGAGUGUCUCUGCAACAUUGAGCUGAUGUCUCCUGCAUCAAGUAACAGCAGCGGGUCUCUCUCACCUUCCUCUUCCUCUGACUGCCUGGCGAGCCGGGGAGGGCCUGGCCGGAGCCACGUGGCAGCGUUAAGGAGUCGUUUUGAAUUGGAAUAUGCUCUGAAUGCGAGGUCCUGUGCUGCCUGGUCCCAAAGUGGACAGUGUUCUGCUCAAGGCCUGUCUUUGGAGGAGAUGAAGAGAGGUCUCCAGUUCUCACCCGUUGACAAAUAUGGCUACGUGUCUGAUCCCAUGAGCCCGCUGCAUUUUCAUUCUUGCCGGAAUAGCGGCAGCUCUGAGGACAGUGGCUGACAUCACUCCGCGGAUACCUAAGGAGAGUUUUCCCCCAGACUGACCGCAACAGUUCCAACCGUGGCAGGCUUGCUUCCAAUUAUAAUAUUUUACCCUCUAAGGUCUCCUUAAAUUGGCUUGUUUAUUCUGGUCCUAUUUAAUUCCCUACCACAAGUUGGGCUUUGGAUUUGUGGCUAAGGGAUGAAAUGCAAAAGAACCAAGACAGAAUGUAUUUAAAGAAUUGGUUUGAAUUUUGUAACUGAAAGAACAAAUUUAUAUCGUUACUUGGAGAUAGGGCCUAAGUCUGUGGUGGGCACUUAACAAUUGUUAUGUUUUCCUAGACUGAAUUAUCUAGACUUGUGUUUGAGAACUGUGGGUUUGAUUUUUUAGAAUAUUGUUCAUUUUCUUAUGCUAUUAUGUUACCUCUAGUGUCCAGCUCUGUGAUUAAAGAUUCUUUGUUGGCAC